ACCAGGGAUGAAGACUUUUGAGGGUGGAUAGGGAUUAACCAGAGAUUUGAAUAGCCAAAAAUGAAGCCGGUGGUGGGCAUGGUGAUAAGCAAUAAGAUGCAGAAAUCAGUGGUGGUGGCGGUUGAUCGUCUCUUCUACCACAAAGUCUACAACCGCUAUGUUACGCGCACCUCCAAAUUCAUGGCCCAUGACGAGCAAAACCAAUGCAACCUCGGCGACCGCGUAAAGUUGGAACCUACGAGGCCACUGAGCAAGCGGAAGCAUUGGGUUGUUGUCGAUAUUCUUAAGAAGUACAAAAUUUAUCCGCCCCCAGUGGUCGAAGUGUCUAAAACUCAAGAUUCAAGCACCGAAGAGGCGAAACGAUAGUCAACAUUGGAGUUCUGCGCAACGGAGCAUUGCAACUGCAUCCACCGUUGACAAACAAUGCAUAAUUGUCUGUUGUCUUUCUUGCAAUCGUGUUUUGAUAUGCAUGAAACAGUUCUUCUGUGUAGUGUAGUUGAAUUAUUUAUAAGGUUCUCGAUCCAUUGGCAGUUUAAUAUUUAUGGUUCUAAACCUGCUGGAGUUUUUCUACUUUGGAAGUUUUAUCCUACUCAUUACCCAUAAAAUACAUGCGUAUUUUCAUUAAGAAAUCACAAUUCUACAAGAGGAUGAGAUUUUAUAAAUAAUUUUUAUUUUAUCAUAA